GCCAUCUUGCGGAGUGGUCUGGUUAGAAGAGCGGCAGGCAGGAGUUAGCUGUCUGUUAGCUCUCUGUGGUAAAGUAGUUAUCUGUCAGCUAGCUUGCCAAAAGUGAGCUGUCCACACGGCGAGAGGCAAAACUUCGCUGACUUUUGGGGACGUUUUCUCCGUCUUCCGCUUGGAUUACACUUUCUUUUUGACGCUCUGAACUAUUUGUUUACAUAAUGAUGUCCCACAUGCUGAUACCGAGGUAGGGGGAAAAAACUAGCUCCCAUUAGCUAACUCUGCUAGUCGGCGAAAAAAAAAAAAUAUAGAGCUGUUAGAGAAGAGUGGGCUGCGAGACCUCAGACUACAGUACCCGGUGGCAGCUGCUGAACAAGAACUUUGACAAGGGCCUGUUUGUAACUCCGCUGCCGGGACGCGAAGAGGCCGACAGAGAGACCGGCUUGUGUGUUGUGACAGGACACCGCGGAACACUUGAGGAGUUUUCAAAGGGUCUUGGCCCCCCCCGCCCCGGGUUUGUGACACUUUUUUCUCCGACAAGAGAGAGAGAGAGAGGAAAGAGGAACGGUAUGGAAAUGUCCUGUGACGGUACUUGUCAUUUCCCUCAGUUGUGAAUCGCGAAGAGAAUAAGCCCAGAGCACGUAGCUUCACCUGGAGGCAGACGCACUUGACGCAGAUAAAAGUCAACAUGUCGAAAAUGCCAGCGAAGAAGAAAAGUUGCUUCCAGAUCACGAGCGUAACGCAGGCGCAGGUGUUGGCCAACAGCAUCGCGGAUGACACGGAGAGCCUGGACGACCCGGACGAGUCCCGGACGGAGGACGUGUCGUCGUCGGAAAUAUUUGACGUUUCCAGGGCCGACCUCGGGGUGUGUGAGAGGAGUUCGUCUGAGGAAACUUUAAACAACGUGGAGCCUCAGGAGGGCCAGCCGCCGGUGGCUCCUGGUCCUGUCAACGGCGGACUCUCUUACAAGAGUGUGGGCACUGGUCGUGUCACACCACAUAAUUUAGUUAAUGUGCCUGGUUCAGCCACAGCACAACCCAUUGUUCCUGGCUCAUCAUCCCCCGUGGCCAGUGUCUCUACCAGUGUGGCACCCUCUGCUCCUGUUAGCACCAGCUGUAAUUCUCGUUUUAGAGUCAUUAAACUUGACCAUGGUACUGGAGAGCCCUUCAGACGGGGCAGGUGGACAUGCACUGAGUUUUAUGAGCGAGAUUCAGAUUCAAAUCUCAAUCGAACUGUGGACAGCAUAAAAACAACUGUAAUCCUUGAUCAUUGUAUAGACAGAGACAGUGGGCUAGGGGCUACUGGUAACUCUGUGGUCACUAGCGUUGCUUUUUCUGCACAGACUUUGGAUAACACCUUGGGCAAUGGCUACUCCGCCGGGCACCACACCUACCCCCCAGAGUCUCUGCAGCAAGGUUACAGCUUUGCCUCGCAUAUAGGGAAUGGGGCAAGUGCCUUCCAGCCCACAGGGUUUACAACUACAGUGUCACAGCAACCACAACAGGCUCAGGUCAAUAUUCAGCCCAAUGCUCCUCAAAACUUCCUCUCGAACAGCCUCAAUGGCAUGCACCAAGGUGCCAUGCAUCAGAAGUCUCCCAUCAUGCCUCCUGCAACUCAGCCCCAGCAGUUUGCCUAUUCUCCUCAUCACGCUGGUCUCUCUGCCAGCCAGUCGGACUAUCGUCAGCAGCAGCACUUUGGUUCAAGCACUCAGAACCUUCACAUGUCAGCCCUCACUGUGGGGCCUCUAACCAGCCAGGUACCCUCGCCUGUAAUCAACCCCGCUGGUCCAGGAGCCCAUGGGCUGGGCGGAGAGUCAGUUUUAGCCCAGGGCCUUCUGCUGCAAGUGGGAAAUGCACCAGCCAUGGCCCCUGUCCUUUCAGGAAGUGGCCCCCAGCAGCAUGUCAGCCAGAAUCAGCCUUCAGGAGGGAUAGGAAUUGCCCCUACACCUUCAGUUAGCACCACCAACACUUCCCACAGCAUUGCUCAGAAUGCACCUGCCACAGUGCCCAGUACCACCAACACCCCUCCAGGUGUGUCAAGUCAGGUGCCUGGCGCAGGAGGACUUUUCCAGCUCCAGGGAGCCCAUGGAGGAGCCACAACAGGCCUCGCAUCUGGUUUUAACAACCAGUCAGAAGAAUGUAGGCUGAAGUCUGACUCCCUACCUCAGCCCAGUGCCAUUAUGUUGCCAGGGAAAGAUGGUGUAAAGUCUUUCAUUGGCGAGGGCCUCAACCUGUCCACUCCUGCUGUCAACAGCCUCUUUGGGAUCCAUAUUACCAUGAAUGUGGAUGAGGACAGUGCGUCCGGUGCCAGCGUUGUCGCCAUCGAUAACAAGAUUGAGCAGGCAAUGGACUUGGUGAAGAGCCACCUAAUGUACGCAGUUCGCGAGGAGGUCGAGGUGUUGAAGGAGCACAUCAAGGAGCUGUAUGAGAGGAACUCUUUGCUGGAGCACGAGAACGCCGUGCUGAAGUCGCUCGCCAACACGGAGCAGCUCGGCCAUCUGUCCAGUCAGCUGAACCAGGGGAGCGGCACGUCGUCACCUCUUCAGCAGCAGCAGCAGCAGCAGCAGCAACCGCUAGUCACAAACAACAACAACAACAACAUUACCACCGCCCCCCCGGUUCACCACGAGGGGAAUCAGAACGUCCCGUCUCAGCCCAACAUCACGUCGGCGUGAUCCUCUCUCCAUUACCCCAGAACAUACACACACCACCUGCAUACAGGAGUUAGAGAUCCUGUUAGCAAAGAAAACAACUGCUACCAUAACUCUGCUCCAUAAAGCAAAAAGGCUUGGCUCUGCGUUCAAUAUGCUCCAUUUAAGGAAGAAUUAACAUCUUUGUUUGCCGCCAAGAGCCAUGCUUCAGUGUGUGCAUGCCGCCAUCAUCAGGCCGACACUUUAUAAAGACAAUAACCACCCCUGAAGAGUCUUAUUCUGUCCCUGUGAUUGGCUGAGAGAAGAAGGGCCAGAAGAGCCGAAGCACACCAUUUAAAAAGUGCAUGCUGUUCUUGUGCGCGAGACAGGUGUCAAAGUUCACAGAGAGCUGAGUUUGUCAGGGCAACACGUGGCUGAAGAGGGCGGUGUGACCCCGAGAGGUGUUGAUGGUGCUGAAACAUCCAGCAGGGACUGUCCUCCCAGCGUCCCCAUCCCCACUCAAUCCUCUGGUAUACGGAGAAGCCAGAGAAGAGAAGGGGAGCAGAGGGAGAGAUUGGUCCUCCCUCCUCUAGUUGAAGAGGAGGAGGAUGAUGCCAGUGGGUGCCUCAGCUUGGGCAGAUUGAGUCGAGAGCCUCGGCUUGUUAUAUGCUGCAACAAAGCUUGUGUUGUUUUUCUCGGAGCCACCGUACUUUGACAUGAAUCCUAAUACUUUUUUUCAUUAGUUCAGUUUUAGUAUUUGCAUUUAUUUAUUUCAGGGCUGCUAUUUUCACAAUGUAAAUGAACAAUGUCAUGGAGAUACUUAUUAAAAACACACAAAAAAACAAACCUUUCUCUUUGGUCUUUUGGUAUUUUAGAAGCUGUCAGGUAUUAACAUUUUGGUAGACUUUUGCAACAAGUAGAGCUCAAUAAGUAGGCAAUAAGUUCCAUGAUAAAAAAAAAAAUCUUCUCAUGAAAUAGUGCUAACACUAAAGGCCAACGUACAUUAGGUGAAACCCAGGUUGAAUGUAUAUUUUGUGAAGUGUAAUGUAUUGAGAGCAAGGAGGGUUUGUACACGAGAACACCUGUUGUUCUGUUGUGAUGGGAUGUUUCCAUAAAGAGAAAUAUAAAUUUACCCUUUUUUAAAAUAAUUUCUUUGUCAUAACAGAAAUCAAUUUGAGAGUUUGGUUUUUGGCGGAUGAAAAGCUGUGAAAAUUUUGACCUACUUUAUAACCAAAGACAGAAAGCUGUGUAAGUCUAUUUUUUUUUUCCAUUUUUAAAUGCACACAUUUUUUUCUACACUUUCCCUACCUAUAUAUAUUUUUUUGUCCCUGUUUUGCAUGCUCUGCAUGAUCUAUAAUCAAACCACUUUCUUACCUCAUGUUUUUAUCCAGCACUCUUAUUUUUUUUCCUGUCAAGUCUGUGAAAGGUUGUGAAAGAGGUCAUGAAAGAGAAAGGGAACAAUGAGUGGAGGGAGGAGAAAGAAUGGAGAGAUGAUUGUGUCGGGUAGAGGGGAGGGCCUUGUGCACAAAAUAUGAGUCAGAAAAAAGGAGCCAUCUUUUGAGUUUUCAUGUUAAUGCUGUGUUGAAAAUUUCCGAUGCAGAGAAAAGGUUUUGUUGUAUUUAAUGAAUGCAGCAUUUAGAUUUUGAUUGUAGUGUACCAACACUUCGCUUACACACAAAUAAAAUACAAACAACUAGUCUCUGCAAGAAAAACAAAAGGAAACGAUUUAAACAAUUUACACUUUAAAGCUGGAACCCAGUGGAUUGUGUGAACAUAUUAUGGGAUGUCCUGUCUGUGUCACGUCUUUUGUGCCUCCUGUGCCGUCAUCGUCUGUUGUAGUCAGGCGGUCCGGCUUCUUUCUCUGUGGCUUAGAACCAAACCAAAAUGCUUGGUAAUUGUACAAUCAGUCAUCUUUCUACAAGAUGCUCUCUAUAAUUUGCUUUUUUUUUUCCUUUUUUUUUUUUUUUUUUGCAAAAGGGGCUUAUUUCUUCUUCUUUUGUUCUGUUUUUCUGUAGUUUGAAGGAGAUGCUGUGUACAUGCCAAGUGUACUGUAUGAAAGUGAUCACUGAGCCUUGGAGAGAAAAUCUUAACAAUGCCCUUGUAAUGUGCUGUUCAGACAAUUUUAGUUUUCAGUCCAAAAUAAAUAACUGUUUUAUUAAGUGAA